UUGUUUGUCAAUCAUACCAACGUUACACUCUAACUGGGCAAGACUCCUGUCCAAAACUAACGAGUGUCAGCUCUUGGGUGAGACCUGGUGGUUUGAGCUAUAAAGAUUCGAGUGCAAUUCACCUACGGAAUAGGGGGAGAGCCAGUGAGACCGAAGCAUCUGCUAUUUCUGACUGUUCUGUCGGAGUAACCCCCUACUUCAGGGAUAUUUGGAAUAAUGAGGUCGGCUGGGCGCCACAGAAUUCCGAGUGCUGGGGUCUUAGAGCUUCACGUCCUCUGUGUCCCAGCUGAAUUGUGGAACAGUAAAUUAAACACGGUUUCUAACCACACCAUUAGCAAGUUCAUCUCAGCCGGGUUUGUCAGGGUUUUACCUGACCUGAGUCUGAAAGCGCUGAGGCAACAGAUUGGAGAUCUGCUCGGAGCCCAUCCUGUAGAUGCCACAUUUGCUUUUUUAAAAUGUGUCGGAAGGAGUUUAGCCGUGGUCAGUGCAAAGCAAGAACGGGAACUCAAAGUGAAAUCGUUUGCCCCUCCCUAUGCUCCCCAGCCAGAGCUCUACUUGUUACCCGGCAUUGGCAGGAGACAGCCCCAUGACAUGUCUUUGCUCGAUGGACAACAGGAAGAUUCAGAAAUGUACACGCAGCAUCCAGGACCAAGAGACAGGAGCCUGAAAGAGAAUGAGUCUUCAGGAGAAUUGAAACCUCCCGGUUGCUCCUACCAAGCGCAUGUGACAAAGAGUCCGGAAAUACACAACGCCUACAUGUCACAUGACCACCCACAGAAUACAAGCCGCGAGGGAAAGGCGAUGCCGGGGGAUGAUAACACUGACGAUUUUCCACACCAAGUUCACCGCACCAGGAGCCCCUACGUUAGCGGCGACUGCUCUCCGCUUCACCGGGGAACCCCUAGCACAAAUCCAGGAGGGAUCGCUGAGUGGAGGGAGUUUAAAGCCAGUCCCUCGCAGGAGGGCCGGAGCACACGGAGUCUGGAUUUAAGGAACAGCUGGGAUCAGGAGGCACAAGGGAAGCCCCUUCAAAACGCAAGGCAGCCUGAUCCGAAAACACUCGGGAGUCGACAGCAAGAGCAUCAAGUGCAGCAGAGAAAGAAAGAAACUGUCACCAUGGGAGCUGCGCAGAUGGACAUUAGUUUAACUUCAAAGGAAAGCAGGAUUCAGAGUAAUAGCACAAGGGAUUCAGGGGUACCAGAAUCACUGGAUGAGAGGGAUUUGGAAUAUUACGAAAAUCAAAGAAAGAAGAGGCAGCAAGGAAACCAGGGUUUUGAAUCUAACAAUGCCGGCCAAGGGACCUAUCAGAUGCAGAACGAUGGCUAUUCACCAGUUACAAAGCACUAUUCCCUGCCUCCCCCACCACCUCUACUAACUCUCAAUCUAACGCCCCAACUUGAAUCAAUUCCAACAGACAAGGAGCAGCUUAUUGCACAAUUAAAUGCGACAAAACAAGAGAGAAAAUGCCUUGAAAAGACCAGGGAAGAACUUGUGAAAAAAGCAAAAGGGUUGUUAGCACAGAACCGAUUAAGACAAAACCAAGUUCGUGACGGUUGGAAAAAGAGAUACUUUGAAUCGAAGAAGGUGACCACUCCAUUGGAAGAAACAGCGAGCAAGUUACGGCAAGAGCUGGAGACGUAUUACCUGAAACUGCUACAGCAGCUAGAGGCAAGACACACAAGGAAGCAGUCCAGAAAAUCAACAAGCAAUUCUAAAAAUGAGUUAAUUAUUCAGAUUACAGCGCUGAAACAUGAGAUUGAUCAGCUGUACAGAAAUAUGGAAAACGCCAGAACCAAGCUAAUUACAGAGAUAAAGCUGAGAAAACAAACAUCAACAGACCUUCGAGUGCUCCGCGCUGAACUGUCACAGAAGAAAACCCAGUCAUCCCUAAAUCGCCUGCAUGGUGGUCCCGUACCUCACAGUUUGAACAUUUUAGCAUCUUAGCCCACGUCAGGUUGUCCAGCCAUUGAUCUCGUCGCUGCCUGUGUGGGAACUCCCUUGAAGUGGUUUCCAUGUUUGCUGACGACCAGAGUGAAUACGCUUCAAAACGCACCUCACUGCCUGUGAAGCACUUUGGGGUAUCUUACUGACAUUUUAUGAGCAGUGAGGGCUGUAUGGGGGUGCAAUAGACUGGCUGACCCUAAAAGACAAAAUAUCUUGCUUUUCAUUUGUUUCCAAGCAUCCAUAAGCUGAGCAGGUCUUGUGGCUCAGUAAAGUAGCCUCUGAGCCCAGGGGAGCUGGGUUCUAGCCUCACUGUAGAUCUUGUGAUACCAUUCAAACAAGUUGAUGAAUUAGCCUGAUAAUCCCUCCAAUAUUUCCCAAAGGAGAGAAGCCUGAGUGACGAUAUGAUGCAAGCCAGUCAGCUCUAACGUGUAAACAAAUUUCUUUUCUUGACUGACAUAAAUGUAGAGCAGCGAUUAUAAUUUUAUCAGUUGACAGUCAAAACACAUUGCAACGGCACAAAAUGGUCAACUUUUGUCAUGUGACACCUUGGAGGGGAAAGGGGUCAAUUUGCUCCUAUCUCACUCGCUUUCCUAUUUGAUCCAGGCACCAGUCAUUACCUUACACCACAGCAAGGUAAGGGAAAAAAAAAACCUGGAAAAGUAGAUAGAACCAAAUCCCUGCUGUGCCCUUUAUUGUUCCCAGUCCAAUGGAGCAUUGGGAAAGUUAUACAGGUGUGACCUGCUGCACCUUCAAAUAACACAGACAUGGCCUUGUGCAUAGCGGCAUCAAUAAAUAUAACAGACGUGGUCGGUGGGGGAAUGUUUAACCUUUGUUCAAGUGGUUUCUUCUGAGUUAAGUCAAAGGCUAUGCAAAGAUGAUCCUUCCGGCACUUACCAGUAAGAAUUUUGAGGAAAUGGACCGCGAUAUCCUCAUUAGCCUAGAUCCCUGUUUGUC